CAGCUAGACUCCGACCUGAUCCGCAAACGCGUCCAGGAAGCAGGAGGGCAUUUUCGUCAAAAGACUACGUCCGCCACUCUUUAUAAGCGCCUGUUAGGGUUUGGAGCCAAAAUCUGGCCGGGGUCUCUUCAGCCGCUCUCUCGUAGUCAGAGGUAAGAUGUCUCACCGGAAAUUUGAGCACCCAAGGCAUGGAUCUCUUGGAUUUCUUCCUCGGAAGCGUGCGUCUCGUCACCGUGGAAAAGUGAAGUCUUUCCCAAAGGAUGAUCCAAAGAAGCCCUGCAAGUUGACUGCAUUCCUUGGCUACAAGGCAGGAAUGACCCAUAUUGUACGUGAGGUUGAGAAACCAGGAUCAAAACUUCACAAGAAGGAAACAUGUGAGGCAGUGACUAUCAUAGAGACUCCACCUAUGGUUGUAGUUGGACUGGUUGCUUACGUGAAGACACCACAUGGUCUUCGUUCACUCAAUACUGUGUGGGCUCAGCAUUUAAGUGAGGAAGUCAGGAGGAGAUUCUACAAGAACUGGUACAAGAGCAAGAAGACUGCUUUCACAAAGUACUCUAAGAAGUAUGACAGUGAGGAAGGAAAGAAAGAAAUUAAUGGACAACUAGAAAAGAUGAAAAAAUAUGCAUCUGUUAUUCGUGUCCUGGCUCAUACUCAGAUUAGGAAGAUGAAAGGUCUGAAACAAAAGAAAGCUCACCUGAUGGAGAUCCAGGUUAAUGGAGGAACUGUAGCACAGAAGGUGGAUUUUGCUUAUAACUUUUUUGAAAAGCAAAUCCCGCUUGAUGCUGUCUUCCAGAAGGAUGAGAUGAUUGAUAUUAUUGGUGUGACAAAAGGUAAAGGUUAUGAAGGUGUGGUCACUCGUUGGGGUGUCACUCGCCUUCCACGCAAGACACACAGGGGAUUGCGCAAGGUUGCCUGUAUUGGUGCCUGGCAUCCUGCAAGAGUAUCUUAUACUGUUGCACGGGCUGGACAGAAUGGCUACCAUCAUCGUACUGAAAUGAACAAGAAGAUAUACAAGAUUGGUAAAUCUGGAGAUGAGACACAUAAUGCCAUGACCGAGUUUGACAGAACUGAGAAGGACAUUACACCAAUGGGUGGUUUUCCUCACUACGGUAUUGUAAAAGAUGACUAUAUUAUGAUCAAGGGUUGUUGUGUUGGGCCAAAGAAGAGAGUGGUUACUCUUCGCCAAUCCCUUUUGAAGCAGACUUCUCGUGUGGCCCUUGAGGAGAUCAAGCUGAAGUUCGUAGAUACAUCGUCAAAGUUUGGCCAUGGGCGUUUCCAGACAACUCAAGAGAAGCAAAAAUUCUAUGGCAAAGUGAAGGCUUAAUUUAUCAUUCAGGCUACUGAAAAUCUGUAAUCUGAGACAUGGUCCUUCGAUAUUGAAUGGCUACUCCUGCCUCUAGCAUUUAAGGAUCGCAGGUCUUUACUCUUGGGAUUUGAUAUCUGACAAUUUUAUUCUGUUUUCUAUAAAAUUUUCCAUGAACUCUUUCAUCA